AUAUGUGGAAAACACUUCCGUUGUCAAAUCCAAGAUGGUGGACUGUUUGACGUGUUAGUUGUGGAGAAAAUUUUUGUUAAGCAGCUACACUAAACAAGAUUUUAUAUUUUUUCAUAUACUUGUUAUUGGACAAGUUGCCAAAUCUUGGAAAAUAUUAACCUUUAAACUUUAUUUGAAAACGGAUUAUGAACAUAAAUCAGCAACAAGGAGGGCCUAAUCCAGGACAGCCAUGGCUGCCUCAGCCUCAGGGUCAAGGACAGAAUUACGGUUAUCAAGGAGGACCUCCCCAAGCACAAGGAAUGAGGCCUGGUAUGGCAAUGGUACCACCAAAGAGUUCUACUGGGCCUUCAGCGAUGCAACAAGUUCCAAUGUUUAGUACUCAAAAUGGCAACGUUACUCCGCCAGCUUCAUUAAAUCCAGGGAUGAAUAUGGGCACUGGGCCACCCCAACAACCGAUGAAUCAGAUGAACAAACAAAUGGCUAAUAUGCAGAUAAAUCAAGCAAGAUUUCCUGUCAGCCAAACACCACCUGCCAGUCAGCCAGCCCCAUUUGAUGCUCAAAAAGGUGGCAUGCCACAAAACUUUGCUCCUGGAUUUAGUACAGCAGGACCAAUUCCUAAUUCAGCUGGUAAUUUUAUGAGACCAAGGAUGGCAGGUCCACCAGGAACAGCCCCUGGACCACAUUCAGGGCCACCGCCUAGGCAGCCAUCUGGCCCACCAUCUAGACCACCUGGCCCUCUCUCUGGCCCAUCAUCUGGCCCAUCAUCUGGUCUAUCUUCUGGUCCUCCAUCUGGUCUUCCUUUAGGACAAUUCUCAAGACCACCUGGAAACAUGGGUGGAAAUCAUCCAGGGAUGCCAGGUCAACAGCCUCCCACAUCCUAUCCAAUGACAAGCCAGUUUAGUGGUCCACCUGGUCCAACAAAUAUGAUGAGGCAACCCUUUUCAAGCCAAAAUGAACAAAAUCCAAUGUUGUCCUCAAGUAGUCUGUCUGGACCUCCAGUUUCAAGUCAGCCACCAACUGUUGACUCUGGAAGGGGACAAGCUCCAGGGCCAUACCAACCAGGACAACAAUUUCAAGGACAAGGUCCAAUGAUAGGAGGCCAACCACCUGCCACUUCACAACGAAUGUACCCUAGCUCACAGUUUUCUGCACCAGUUCCUGGUGCAGGCCCGAUGCAACGGCCACCAUCUGGCCCAGGUGGUAUGCCAGGUGUACCAGGGCAGCCUGGACAUGGGGCUGGGCCAAUAAGUUCACCCAUGCAACAGCCUCCAAAGAGAAUAGAUCCAGAUCAGAUGCCCAAUCCAAUCCAAGUUAUGAGUGAUGACCAAGAUCAGUGGCAAAAAGGGUUAUUUCAAACUAGCAUGCGUGGAAAGUUGCCACCCCUCGUGUCAACAAAAUGUAAAGUCCAGGAUGAUGGAAACUGCAGUCCACGCUUCAUGAGGUCAACAAUGUACAAUGUCCCUUGCAACCAAGACAUGUUAAAAGAGAGCCAGAUACCUUUAGCCAUAAUUUCCACACCUUUUGCAAAGCUACCCGAAGACGAGAACAAACUCUACCUUGUUGACAAUGGGCCCAGUGGCCCCGUCAGAUGCAACCGGUGCAAGGCCUACAUGAAUCCUUUUAUGCAAUUUAUUGAUGGUGGCAGAAGAUUUGUCUGUAACAUCUGCAGCCAUUCAUCCGAAGUUCCUCAAGAAUAUUUCUGUCAUUUGGAUCACCAAGGAAGACGAGUAGAUGUCUACGAAAGAGCAGAACUUUGCUUUGGCUCCUACGAAUUCGUUGCAACAACAGAUUAUUGCAAGGAUGAAAAAUUUCCCUCACCUCCUGCUUUUAUCUUUAUGAUUGACGUGUCAUAUCAAAGCAUCCAGUGUGGAAUGGUCAAGAGAUUGACGAAAGAACUUCAUACCAUAUUGGAUAACCUCCCAAAAGAGACUGGCAUGGAAGAGAGUCUCAUCAAAGUCGGCUUUGUAACAUACAGUAGUAGUCUGCAUUUUUACAAUGUCAAGGACAACCUGGCCCAACCACAAAUGAUGGUAGUCUCUGAUAUCAAUGACGUAUUUGUCCCACUUGUUGAUGGAUUUUUAGUCGACGUAAAAAAGGCAAAAGUUAUCGUUGAUAGCUUACUGGAUAUGAUACCGGACUUGUUCAGUGAAACUCGGGAGACUGACGUCAUAUUAGGACCGGUUGUCCAAGCAGGAAUGGAGGCCCUCAAGGCUGCCAAUAUAUCAGGAAAAGUUUUCAUUUUCCACACAUCACUACCUAUCAUGGAGGCACCUGGAAAACUGAGAAACAGAGAGGACCGAAAACUUCUUGGAACUGAUAAAGAAAAGACCAUACUUGCACCCCAGAGUCAAUUUUACACCAACCUAGCAAAGGACUGCGUUUCUAAUGGAGUGUCAGUCGACCUCUUCCUCUUCCCAAAUUCCUAUGUUGAUGUUGCUACAAUUGGUUUGUUGGCAACUCAAACUGGUGGACAAAUAUAUCGAUAUUCGUAUUUCAAGGAUGCAACACACGGAAAACAAUUCAUUGAGGAUCUGAAAAAGAACUUAGAAAGAGAUAUAGGGUUUGAUGCAAUUAUGAGGCUGCGUUGUAGUACGGGCCUACGACCAGUCGAUUUCUAUGGCAGUUUUGUUAUGAAUAACACGACCGAUGUUGAACUCGGCGCCAUUGACUCUGAAAAGGCAAUUGCCAUAGAAAUCAAACACGAUGACAAGAUACCCGAAGACGGUGUCGCGUUUAUGCAGUGUGCUUUGCUGUAUACAAGUGUUUCUGGACAAAGAAGGUUGAGGAUACACAAUCUUGCAUUCAAUUGCUGCUCGCAGUUAUCUGAUCUUUACCGCUGCUGUGAAUUGGAUGCAUUGAUGAAUUUCCUCAUCAAACAUUCUCUAAGGCAAAUACUGAACUCCAACCCACAAACCAUCAAGGAUACUGUUAUUCAGAGAUGUGCCCACAUGCUGUCUUGCUACAGACAACAUUGUGCAACUCCAUCUACAUCCGGCCAACUGAUUUUGCCAGAAUGCAUGAAACUACUUCCGCUUUACUUAAACAGCUUGAUCAAGUCAGAUGUUCUUGCUGGAGGUUCCGAAAUGAGUUCAGAUGAUAGAGCAUUUUUGAUGCAAGCUGCUUUGUCUAUGAACCUGGAGGCAUCUGUUCUUUAUUUGUACCCCCGUCUCUAUCCACUGCAUAAUAUUGAUCUGGACCACGAUGCAGAGCUUGUUCCAGACAUACUUCGAUGUUCAAUUGAGCGAAUGGAAGACAACGGAGUCUAUCUUCUAGAAAACGGUAUUUCGAUGUUUAUUUGGGUUGGUUUACAAGCUAGCUCAGACAUACUCCAGUCAUUGUUCAAUGCAAACACAAUCGGCCAAGUUGAUAUUGAAAUGACACAGCUGCCAGUGCUAGACACUCCACUUUCAAAACGUGUGCGGGCAGUUAUUACCCAGAUACAGUCAGAAAGACAGAGAUUCCUUAAGCUGAGUAUCGUUCGACAGCGUGAUAAGCUAGAGCCCUGGCUAAAGCACUACCUGGUUGAAGAUAAAGGGUUCCAUGCACAACAAUUGAGCUAUGUCGACUUUUUAUGCCAUAUACAUAAAGAAAUAAGAAAUCUUCUAAAUUAGGUAGCUAUAUUUUAGCUCCUGGGAAUAAAAUUGUACGUUGCGGAUCCAAGAGGCUAAGAAUUAAAUAAAAGUUCCACUGUUUUGGUAAAGUAGUAGCAUACCAAUGGAAGAAAAAAAGAGCUGCCUUUCAUUGCAGUUUCACCAAUCGCUUAGAGCGAGAUUUUCGAGAGAAUUCAUCGUAGUGUUUUAGUUUACUGCUUCAUUAAAUUUUUGCUUCGAAGUCCCAACUUAUUGUCCCGAUUUUAAAAGAGAGUUGUCCCCAAGAGCUGCCAACCAUAGUCUCUGAACGCAAGAGAUCUGGUAAAAAUAAGUCCUUUAUUCGAGCUUAGACUGUAAAUUGUUGCCUCUUCGUAGGAAUUAUCGUAGGUUUGCCAUCUAUCCAUAUUCCCUUUUGAAAAUAUAGUAAUAGAAAAUGCCUUAGUUUUUGUCAGCUUGUUAUAUUUAAGUAAAAGUUAUGUUAUAAGAAAAGAUUUUAUGCAGCAAAGGGAAACUUUGAUUACCCUAAAGCACAGUUACUGUAAACCUGUUACUUCCAAAGAGUAAAGUUUUUGGUGUUAGUUUACGCAAUAUUUUUUUAGGCAAGUAUUGUUAUCUGAUAGUCAAUGAGGAUAGUGGAAAAAACAUAUGCUUCCCUGCAUCAUAUUUUCAGCGGUUGCCAUAUCUAGAAGUAAUGCAGUCUAGAAUCGGUUAAGUAGCAGUGUUGCAUAGAAAUUGGGCCCCAAAGACUCACUUCUUUCAGUGUAAUUCAUGCAGUCAUAUAUUAAAAUUUUCUACGUAUCGUUCAUGAAAUUGUUUUCUGUGACGUAAUUGCAAACUAUAUGAAUGAAUUUGGUUUUGACAGAUUUCACCCGUAGUAGCAUAAAGUCAAACUACAUUGCAAAAUAAAUCGUUUUGUCAAAA